CUUCCAGCGGCGCAUCUUUUUGAAUCGUGAAUAUGUUCUAUCGAAAGUCUAAAGUUGUCAACUUGGUGAUGAGUAUCACAGGUCGUUGAGGAGAUAGCGACCUCUGAAAAGUGUUGUGGGUGAUGCAUGCGCGGACCAAGUACAUUGACGUUGCCCGGUUCUCUGCAUUUUCUCUCUACUUUUUAGCGACAUCGCCCUCUGGAUUUUUUCCUUACAGGCGGAGAAAAAGAGUCGGGUACUCCAAAUUUCUGCAAUUCAUGGAGAAGGAGCAUUUGCAACUAUAUGAAAAGCUAACAAGUCGAUAUACAGUUGCAUGUAAACGUGUACAUCUGCAGUCUGUACCUACACUCCUACAACCAAAUACAGAAAUACACGAAACUAGAACGUAUCAGAAAAAAGCAUUCGCCACGAUGGGACGACGGCAGAAAGUGAGGAGCAACGCGGGGAACAGAAAACUGAAGAGAGGACAGAGAGAUCUGAAACGGAGAGGCAAAGACAUCGAUCAAGUGCAUGCAGACCUGAAGAAAGGCCAUGUGAAUUUGCCAGUCGACGAAGACCUGCCGGGGAAAGGUCAGUUCUACUGCAUCUCGUGUGCGCGGUACUUUAUCAACGACUCUGCUUUGCAGAUUCACAUGCAAACAAAAGCCCACAAGCGUCGCCUGGUUGUCGCACAGGAGACCCCAUGGACCCACGAGGACGCCGAGGAGGCGGCGAAGUAGCCCUGGUUCUCAUCUUUCUAUGAAGAGAAGAGAAUGCAAAGGAUUACCCGUUUUUAAAGAUGUUCUUCUGUCCAAUUUCACCGACAGGAAUCCGAGACAAACGGCUCUAGCUGGGGGGUAACUUGGCGCCAGCAAGUGCCGCCACCGGCACGCGUGAAAUGGGGCUGCUUGUGGGUUGCCUAGACACCCCGGAGGUGGCGACCCACAAAGAGAGGUGACGGGGCAUCAUGAGAAGGUUUUGUCGUUUCAGAAAAUACUGGUAUCGAAACGCAGUUUACGCUCUUCGUUCUGUGUUCCAGCUUGAACAGGAAGCGAACACAAAAAUGUGACUGAUGCGGGAAACAGCUGGAAUGGUGCGGUAGGGCCAGGACCAAAGACAUGGGGUCCCACAAUGUUCAGGUACUUUAAGAUGCACCGAAGGCGAACGAUCAAUUGAAAAACUAUGUUUUCUGGUUUCAAUCAUUCUCUCCAGUUCUGUCGAAGAGCAUACAUUUUACUUGUACUUUCUUGAUGAACAGAAACCUCGUACCUGCCUGUAUAUGCGGCGGCUGCCGCAUGCGCUUGUAGACGUGUGCAUGUGUUGCAAGGUUCGUAUGUGUGGCCGUGCACAUUCCUG